AUGGCGUACAGAUCGAAAAUGCCCAUCGUGAAGAUUCCCGCGCGCACUCCAGACACCGCCAUGAUCGCCUUGAUAGAGGCGGGAGACGACUUUGAGACACCCAACUUGAGAGGCGACAUCGUCCCUAUCCACGUCGGCAACACCCCGGAGACACUGUUGCAUGUCCACAGCACUGCCUUGAGCAAGAGCUCCGAAUUCUUCAAGAACGCGUUGAAACCGGAAUGGCGCACAGAUCAUACCAAGCCCAUCGACAUGUCCGACGUGGAUCCUGCCAUCUUCGAAGGCUAUUGCGGAUGGUUGUACACCGGAAAAAUCAUGCAUCGCGAGAACGAUCAGGCUCAUACAUACCUCGCUAGUCUCUAUGUACUUGGGGAACGGCUUAUGGACGUUACACUCCAGAACAGCGUCGUCGCCGCUAUCAUUCGACACAGCCAAACCUCCAAGAAAUACCCUGGAAAUCUAUCGAUACAGAUCAUUUAUGCUGGUACCUCCGCAAGCUCACCUGCCCGACGCUUACUGGUAGACUUUUGGGUCUUCCAUGCGAAACCAGCAUGGAAAGGACUUGAAGACUUGACCAAGCAUACAUGCUCCGAUUUCGUCAACGAUCUGGUUCGCAAGCUCGUUGAGCAGCGAGAGCCACCCGACGGCUUCGUCCCGAAGCCAUGGGUCGCGGAUCCUGAAUCAUACAAGACCAAGUAA